UUCUGUGACGCAGACCAAUGCCGAAAGUUGGAGUUUACGCCUGAAAAAGCAUUUGAUGGCAGACGUCUUAUAAACCACGUCAUUCGCAUCGUUGAAGUUCUGACAAUGAAUUUUUGUGAGAACAUGUGUUAUAUGGAACCUGACUGUGUCAGCAUUAAUCUUGAUAAACGAGUGAGUGAACAUGGAGAGUACAAAUGUGAAUUGAACAAUGUUACUCACGAAAGACACGAACACGACCUGAAGAAGGAAGACAAUCAUUUUUAUCAUGCAGCUGAGAGCGCUUGUGUUGAUAACCCUUGCCGUAACAAUGCUACUUGUCAAACCGGUUUUACUGACAAAGGAUAUCGCUGUUUGUGCACCGCUGGAUUCAAAGGUCCAAGGUGUAAGAAAGAUUUCGACGAGUGUGCUGCAGGAAAAGCGAACUGCAGUGCUGAUGCUGUGUGCAACAAUACUAAGGGAUCGUACAACUGUACAUGCAAACAGGGAUACUAUGGAGAUGGAAAUAUCUGCCGUUCGGCUUCGACGUGUAAGGAAAUUUUCGACCGGAAUGUAUCGCAACGAAGCCAAGUAUACCCGCUGAUGUUUGGUUCACAAACGAUUCCUGUUUUCUGUCAUAUGAGAAACUUUGGAUGUGGGGAUGGAGGAUGGACGCUGGCCAUGAAGAUUGCCGGCACGCAGAGAACUUUCCAUUACGAUUCCGAAUUCUGGAGCAACAGAAAUGCCUAUAACUUUGCUGGAGGCAAGACUGGCUUUGAUUCCCAAGAGACUAAGUUACCAACCUACUGGAACACAUCCUUCUCCAAGAUCUGCCUCGGUACGAAGAUUGAUCAUCAGCUCAAGUUCAUUGUCAUCCACAGGCACGCCAACUCACUGUUCUCACUGAUCGCUGAUGGGAAAUACCGUGCCACCUCACUGGGUCGUAACACGUGGAAGUCGCUGGUUGGUCCACAGGCCUCCUUGCAGCUCAACUGCAAUAAGGAAGGAUUCAAUGCGGUGGGAGACAGCCCUAGUCAUUCCAAAGCAAGAAUCGGCAUCACGGCUAACGAGCAGAAUGACUGUGGUUCCUGUGACUCCCGCAUCGGUUUUGGCACAGGAGGUCAACCUGAUGAUUCCAACACGUGCGGAAAUGAGGCAACGUGGAGUCCAGAUAAUGGAAUCAAGCACAUCAAAGCCAUGGGGUACAUCCUAGUACAGUGACAGGGGACAGAGUUAACUUCCCAAAUUUUAAGCCGAGAAGCCAUCAUGAAGUAGAAAAUGUAGUAUCCUAAA